CCGCCGCGGCUGCGCGGGCAGGUGGGGCAAGAUGGCUGCGGAUUGGGGGUUUUGGGUCUUUGGGCCCGGGUUCGGAGCCGGACGGGGCAGGGUGGCGCGGGCUUUCCUGCUGCUGCUGCUGCUAUGGUUUGCGGCCCGCGGCAGCGCUCUCUACUUCCACAUCGGGGAGACGGAGAAGAAGUGCUUUAUUGAGGAGAUUCCGGACGAGACCAUGGUCAUAGGAAACUACCGCACGCAGCUCUAUGACAAGCAGCGGGAGGAGUACCAGCCGGCCACCCCCGGGCUUGGCAUGUUUGUGGAGGUGAAGGACCCAGAAGACAAGGUCAUCCUGGCCCGGCAGUAUGGCUCUGAGGGUAGGUUCACUUUCACAUCGCAUACUCCUGGUGAGCACCAGAUCUGUCUUCACUCCAAUUCUACCAAGUUCUCCCUCUUUGCUGGGGGCAUGCUGAGAGUUCACCUGGACAUCCAGGUGGGUGAACACGCCAAUGACUAUGCAGAAAUUGCUGCCAAAGACAAGUUGAGUGAGUUGCAGCUACGAGUGCGACAGCUGGUGGAACAAGUGGAGCAGAUCCAGAAGGAGCAGAACUACCAGCGGUGGCGAGAAGAGCGCUUCCGGCAGACCAGCGAGAGCACCAACCAGCGGGUGCUGUGGUGGUCCAUUCUGCAGACUCUCAUCCUCGUGGCCAUUGGUGUCUGGCAGAUGCGGCACCUCAAGAGUUUCUUUGAAGCCAAGAAGCUGGUGUAGCCAUCCUAUGCCUCACAGGCCAUCCUUCCUCCCAGGCUGGGGAAGAAAGGACCUCCUGGAACUGAUUUCUCUCUGGUGAGAGGACUCUUUCCCAGCCAUGGAUGCUCUGGAGGGGAGGGGAUUGGAGACACUCCCAGGCACAAGCUGAGGGCAGCAGUUUGGCUGUAUUACUUAGCUGGUGGUGGGACAAAUGCUUGCGUCCUCCCCUGGGCUCAGGGCCCUUUGCAGUAAUCUCUCAGGGGCUGGUAAAGCCACUGGGAGCCCCAUUGGCACCUUAAAAUCACAGUGUUACUGAUCAGGGAUGUGGGGCUGCUCUCUGGGGUGGGAUGGAGGUAGGGGAGGGGGUGGGCAAGCCAGUCUUCCUUUGCUAACUUGGGAUUUUAAGCAGAUUAGAGUGUGGCUGUGACUUCUUGCUACCCUGGGAACCUCACUUCAGCCUAGGCCCAGCCUGCUGAUCCAGGGUGUGUGUGUCACUUGAGAGUGGGGUAGAGGGGAAAAUGAGUCCAGCUUCUUCAUUUGGUUUGUUCUUUUCUAGGGCUAGAGGAACCAGGGUCUUGUCAAGCAGAGGCCUUGGUGCUGGUUGGGAUUGGGGCCUGCAGUCUUAGUUAUUGAUUUCAUUUUCAAUAAGUCUAAGUUUGUUACAUUGGUUUCCCAAUUAAAAAAGAAAUUGACUUCUUA